UGCCCCAUCGCUUGGUGUCAGUGGGAGGAAUCAUGCCCCAUUGCUUGGUAUCGGUGAGAGGAAUAGUGCCCCAUCGCUUGGUAUCAGUGGGAGGAAUAGUGCCCCAUCGCUUGGUGUCAGUGGGAGGAAUAGUGCCCCAUCGCUUGGUGUCGGUGGGAGGAAUUGUGCCCCAUCGCUUGGUGUCGGUGGGAGGAAUCGUGCCCCAUCGCUUGGUGUCGGUGGGAGGAAUCGUGCCCCAUCGCUUGGUGUCAGUGGGAGGAAUGGUGCCCCAUCAUUGCCAUCAGUGGGAGGAAUGGUGCCCCAUCAUUGCUAUCAGUGGGAGGAAUGGUGCCCCAUCAUUGCCGUCAGUGGGAGGAAUGGUGCCCCAUCAUUGCCGUCAGUGGGAGGAAUGG